CCGAGAGAAACAAGCGUGCGAAGCUGCGCUCGUGCGUCUCUUUCGUGGGUUCCGAGACACGCACUGUAAGGUAGAAGUAACUUUUAUCCUCCAGAGAAGAGUUAUAAACCACCUGGAAUAUACAUCUGGUCCAAGGUCUCACGUCAAACGACAACCAUGUCGGCCUCACCGGCGAAAGUCAACAGAAAGGAGAAUUCAAAUCACGACGCAGCGGACGAGACCUCUGAAAAAGAGCAACAGGAAGCAAUUGAACACAUCGACGAAGUACAGAAUGAAAUUGACAGACUGAACGAACAGGCCAGUGAAGAAAUUUUAAAAGUAGAGCAGAAGUACAACAAAUUACGCCAGCCCUUCUUUCAGAAACGAUCAGAUCUCAUCGCCAAAAUCCCCAACUUCUGGGUCACAACAUUCGUCAACCAUCCACAAGUUUCAGCUCUUCUGGGGGAGGAGGACGAAGAAGCACUUCAUUACUUGUCGAGGGUGGAGGUCACUGAGUUUGAGGACAUCAAGUCUGGAUAUAGAAUAGAUUUUUAUUUUGAUGAGAAUCCAUAUUUUGAGAACAAAGCCCUCUCCAAAGAGUUUAAUGUAAACGAGAGCGGAGAUCCCGUUUCCAAGUCCUCUGAAAUCAAAUGGAAGGCUGGAAAGGACCUGACGAAGCGCACGGGCCAGACAUCAAACAAAGCUGGCAAGAAGAGGCAGCACGAGGAGCCAGAGAGCUUCUUCACCUGGUUCACCGAUCACUCCGAUGCAGGAGCUGACGAGUUGGGAGAAGUGAUCAAGGACGACAUCUGGCCUAAUCCACUGCAGUACUACUUGGUACCUGACAUGGAGGAUGAGGAAGGUGAUGGUGACGAUGACGACGACGAAGACGAUGAAGAGGGUCUGGAAGAUAUUGACGAGGGAGAAGAAGAGGAUGGGGAAGACGAUGACGAGGAUGGUGAUGGAGAAGAUGGCGAGGAAGACGGAGACGAGGAUUAAACCCUUCAGCCAACACGUGUUCCCCGUCCCGUGAUAGUCAUCCUGCAUCCCAGCGGAGCAAAAUACCUGUUUUGUGUGUGUGAGAGUGAGUGAGUGUGUGUGACUUGGGGUGGGAAGGUCGUGUGCCCCGUCCGUCCUCUGCAGACACGUCCUAUCCAUAGUCCAUAACGUUGUAUGUGUGUGUAUAGACCAGCUCCAUACACAGGUCUGCAUCGGGGAGGGGGGGUCGUCUAUCCUGAAGUCUCACCCGUCACUGUUAUUCUUCCUCUCCCAAAGACAUUCGUUAAAAUCUGUAGCGUUCUGCACGUCAUCCUGCGUAGAUUUGAGAUACGUACUUUAGCAAUUUCUAUGUAAAAUAUAUCAGUUUCUGUUGUGCGUUCAAUAACAAUGAAGCCAUGGUGCAGUGAGGACUCGGCCGCAGCGUCCAUAGCCACCAUAUCUAUAGAUCUAUAUGUGUGUAGAUGCAUAGAUAACAUGGAGAGGAUGUUGGGACGUGUUACAAGUUGCAUUGUCCUUGUACUAAUGGAACUGAUUGAACCACCAGCUUGUUGCUUUCAAUUCUUCUACAUGAUUUGAGUCAGACCGAUAAUCAGUGUGCACAGAGUAAUGGGGCGGGGCUUCGACACCAAAUCUGGACUUCUGUUAAAUUAAUUCCUAUCACCUUUUUUCCAGACACCCACAACAAGGUUUGAAUUGUACUUUUUUUUUUAUAGAAACAACCUAAAAGAUCUAAUUUUGAACUCAACAUUUUGAGAUGGGGGAGAAAAGAUUUGUGUAGUCUGCAGUGUUUCUCCUGUUCCACUGGAAACCUGUUGGCAUUAAAUUAAGUGUACUAGUUGCUUUGUUACAAGAAAUAAAUGUAUACAUGAUGUCUGGAGUAGUUUGAUUACAUUUGGCCAUUAGUCACCUGCACCAAGGUUUAUUUUUCACGUAGGCCCAGAAAUUACACAGCACAUUACACUUUUGGAAAUGUUGCAAAAGUGAAUGUAUUUAUAGAAUAAUAAAAGACACAUGCACUUGUG